AUGCGCCGCCGCUGGUGCGUGGCUUGUUCGAGCGCGGGGCGACGAAUGGAGAAUACGGCCCGAAUUGGGUUGCCGGCUGGUUGUUGUAUAGUGUUUUUCGGUCGCGGGAUGCGGAAAGGGGAGGUUACAGGUUCUGCGGGUUCGGAGUCUGACAAACGUACGAGGCAGGAAGAGACGACACAGCCGAAGAAGUACUAUGAUCCAGUGCGCAAUGGGACGGUAUGA